CACUCAUCUGAGUCUGCUCGCGGCUUCUGCUUUAUGACAAAAUCUACUUCGAUCGGAAAGAACCCCGUCAAAAUCACCUCCACGACUGCCUGCGCUCUCCCCUCGCCCUCCGUGUCGUCACGCUGCUCCCGUCUUUCCCUUCGUUCGACUUCCCAGCCUACACGCCUCUCAUACCUUCAGCUCCUCGUACAUUCAGUCCUACUACUAGCUUCCAUACCUCUCAGCAGCCUUUUUAAUACUCAUAUCAUUCCUACGUCUCACCUGCUUGGCUGUGAACCUCAGCUCACGAGCCCAUCACCUACGACCUACCUAAACGCAAUCGCACAUCCGGCCCCUCGGAAAGCGUCAUGGUUAUACCAGGCAUGAAGUCGAGAUACACUGAAGACCCCAACCGACCUGGAGAGCCACGUCUCGCUGGUUUCGGAUGGCUGCCAAACAGAGCGCGCCAUCUCUUCAUUUCCUUUGCCGGUGAAUUUGUCGGCACCUUCCUCUUCCUGUUCUUCGCCUUCGCUGCUACACAGGUCGCCAACAAUCUUCGCGGUAGCAGGCCCAUGGACAUUGGAUCACUGCUGUACAUCUCCUUGGCAUUCGGCUUCUCGCUCGCAGUCACGGUCUGGGUCUUCUUUCGCAUCAGUGGAGGUCUCUUCAAUCCUGCCGUUACGAUCGCCAUGGGCUUUGUCGGAGCGCUUGGAUGGCUGAAUGUCUUACUGCUCAUUAUUGCGCAACUCGUCGGCGCCAUUACUGCCGCUGCAGUCGUAUCUGGUCUCUUCCCAGGACCACUAUCCGUGAACACAACCCUCAGCAAGGAGACCUCGGUGACGCGAGGCCUUUUCAUCGAAAUGUUCCUGACAUUCAUGUUACUAUUGACCAUCUUCAUGUUGGCAGCAGAGAAGCACAAGGCGACGUUCGUCGCUCCGAUUGGCAUCGGCCUUGCUCUCUUCAUCGCGGAGCUGGCCGGUAUAUACUUCACUGGAGGCUCACUGAACCCAGCUCGCUCUUUCGGACCAGCUGUCGUGACCGGUGUAUGGCCUGGACAUCACUGGAUCUACUGGAUUGGACCCCUCUUUGGCGCCAUUCUAGCAUGCAUCUUCUACCGUCUGAUGAAGAUGCUCGAGUAUGAGACUGCCAAUCCCGGCGCAGACCACGAUGGCCGUGAAGCGUACCAUGAGCAUGAAGUUGGCCAAAGCUCUACCCAUUACGAGGCCACAUCUGCUCGACAGGCAACCGAUGGCACAGACGAGUAUAACUUUGCGAAGCAGCUGCGAUCCGGUACCAGACAGCCUACCAUGACCCAGCGUCAAGCAAUGCCCUCCUUCGGCACCUUCUCUACCUCCACAGGCCACACUGAGAAGCCAGUGGCACCGCUACCGGUACAUAUGCAGACGCUCGAUGGUCACCGAUCCGACACCGUCAACCAUCCCGAAGAUCGUUCUCAUGCCCACCACAACCGCGGCUCGUCGUCGUACGAGAUGACAUCCGACUCGAGCUACCGCAACGGACCAAGCGCGGAGUCAGGCAGCUCGGAGUCAUAGACCGGCUCGUCGACUAGCUCGAGGUCGCGGUCACGCCGUUCGCCGAGCGCAUAGGAUGACAAGCAGUCGAAGGGUAUUUUCGAUGGCGCAUUGUACUGGCCUUGCUGCUUCAUGCCACAUUUCAUACUUCAGGCAUGUUUUUGUCCUCAUACGUGAGAAGCGAUUACUAGGCAUCGCUGCGUCGCGGGCUUGAUAGAAAGGACUGGGUACGGUGAUGGCUCGCUACCUAGGGGAUCGCUCCUACUUCUUUACGAAAUGAUACAAAACUCC